AUGGUUAUGGGUGAAUGUUUAUGCUAUAGGGAUUGGGUUCAGAAGAUGAGAAGCCUGUGCAGAUGUGGUGAUUAUGGUGAAGGCGGUCAGUAUGGGCAAGCGAAUAUGUGUUUUGUUUGUAUAUUCUGUGGUAAUGAAGAGAUGAUAUUCAGCAAGAAUGAUGAAGUAGGACUUGUUGCAUUUCCAACGAAAGAUGCCGACAUAGCUGUGCUUGCAAUUGCUAUUGACAUACGACCCAAGAGACUCAUACAUACACGGGCUGGCGGACAAGUAUAUGUUCAAGAUAUUGUUCUUAUGAACAAAAUAUUUGAAACAGUUGUCCUGACAAUGUGGGAAGCUUUCAUGGAUCGAGAAUGCAUUUUCCUUUCAAACACUAUAACAAAAAAACCAGUCCUGGUUGGAAAUCAUUUGAAAGUUUCAUCUUUCAACGGACUGUCUCUAUCUACAAAGACCAAUAGUUGUUUUUUCAUUGACUAUCCAUUUGAUGAAGUUACAGAGUUCAAAUCAUGGAUUGCUGAAAACUUGGAUGAAUUGAAUGAAAUAGCAUUGAUGAAACCAUAUCUCGCACUUACCCCAUCUAAUUUAUCGCUUCCAUCUGAGGAUAAGUACACUGAAAUUAGAGAUAUCCAGCCUCUGUUAAUUCUGCACAAAUAUUUCUGGGUAAAAGCAACAGCAGAUGUUGAAAUGAAAAAAAACUCUUUUUGGUUCUGUAAGUCUCAAAAUUCAAUAGCAGUGCCAAGAGCACGAGUAGAUGUUCGCUUACAUGAUUCAACUGGAUCUCUUAGUGCAUCAGCUAUGGGUGAAACAGCUGAAAAUAUUCUGCAAUGUCGCGCUGAGGAAACUGCACAAAAUCUUGGUGAAAUUAUCCGUGCAAAAAUUGAUAAAGACCAUGCAUUCUACGUGAAGGCAAUACUGUUGCAACCCAAUCCAACUGAAUUCAGCCCUACCGUACAGAAGCAGCAAAGCUCAGCAGACCAUAAUGAAGUGGUUAGUUACAUGGGAUAA